AUGGGUCGUGGAGGGAGAGUAGGCCGAAUGUGCUCAAAUGCUUGUAGCACAAAAUUCAACUGCAACUGCUUCAGAUGUUAUACAAGUUUCUGGGUCCGUUGGGAUGCUUCACCAAACCGAAAAGUUAUCCAUGAAAUCAUAGACGCUUAUGAAGAUGGGUUAGUUCACAACAAGAAAAAUGGUAAGAACAAAAAAGAAAGAAAGAAUAACAAGUGUUUAUCUUCAUCAUCUUCUUCUUCUUCUUCAAGUUCUUGUUCUAGUUCCUCAAGUGGUUUACACGCGCCACCGGCUGCGGCGGAGAACAUGAGUUGUGAGCCGUUAACAAUGGAGCAAAGUACGAUUGAGGGUGAAAAUGAAGUGGUCACUGGGUCGUCGGAAAAAGAGUCUGUAAGAAAGAUUGUUAACUUUAUUGGGGAAAGGAUUUGGGGUGUUUGGGGUGUUUGAUUUUUGUACUAGUUUUAGUCAUAAUUAAGAGACGCUUAUUACCUGUUUUUUGUAAAUUUCCAAAAAAAGGGCAAUUAAUUCGUCUGUUUGGAUACAAUUUAGUGUUGUUCGCCAUUAUUGUUCUUGUUGUACAGAGCCAAACCUUGCCCAAGGCAAUUUUCACAUAAAAAAGUAGAUCUAUCGGAUCCGGAGCAUCUCCGGUGUUUAAGUUUUUUUAGCAAAUUAGAAAGCUUUUUUUUUUGAAAUCUAUAGAAGUAUGAGUUUUUGGAGGAAGGAUAGACUUGUUUGAAGAUUAGGUUUUUAUAAAUUUAAUGUAGCUUUUAUGUUGUUUUGAUGAAUAUGACAUGUUUUCACAUCUAGUAAUGAAAUCUUUUGAAUUCAUGUGUGUAUACCUAUUAAAACAAUUUUUUUUUUGUUGAAGAAAGCAAAGAAAUAUUUAACACCGGGGGUAAUACGUUUUCUUACAACAAAGCAUAGGGGGUAAUAAGUAAGAAUAAUAUAGUCAUUUAACACCGGGGGGUAAUACAUUUUCUUACAACAAAGCAUAGGGGGUAAUAAGAAAGGAUAAUAUAGUCAUUUAACAUCCCAGUUAACAGAGCUGUUAAGUUUUUUAACAUCGGGGGGUAAUAUUGUAGCGUUUUUCAAUAGUUGAGAGGUAAGACAACAAGAUUUUCAUAUUAGGAGGUAAGAGUGUCAGUCACAUAUAACUCCAGAGGGUAAAAUUACAGUUUACUCUUAAUAUAAUCACCAUUAUGUAAUAAUUGCAUAGAUCCUAAAGUGUACAUUAUCACGAAAUUUUUAUGACCCGAGUUGGUCUAGCGAUUGUUGGGAUUGAACCCUAACAGAGGAACAGAUAAUGUAAAGCCAAAACCGGAUCCCAUCAGUGG